CUCACACAUGUUGGAUGCGGUACGCGUGUUCUAUGUUGACGUUUUACUUAUACUCAUUUCAUUGGAAUUACGUUAUUUACUGUACUGCUGUAUGUACAGAUUGCUGGGUUGAUUGCUUAUAUUAGUGUGGGAUCUUACGCGACGUUAAUCUCUUACGGGAUCUAUCGCUUUCCUUUAUAAUACAGUCGUACCUCAGUUCGUUGAUGGAGAACACAACAUACCAGCCUAGGUUAAUUUUCGCUCAGGGAUUUUCCUCCCCCCCCCCAAGCCGUAAUCAAUAACAUUAGCAACUAGUCACGAUGGAGGAUGAGAAACAAUCCCACAAGUCGCACCGGGGCCGCAGCGCCGGCGGGAAGGUCGAGAAGAAGAAGCAGAAGAACUUUAAGAGACAGCAGCAGCUUCCUCCGGGCGCGACGGAGGAUGAUGCCUCGCGGCAGCAGAGGAACCCGAAGGCGUUCGCCGUGCAGGCAGCCGACAAGCUGGCGAAGCGGUUUCGCAGGACGCAGGACAUCAAGUCGAAGAAGAUGCACAUUCCUGUGAUGGAUCGCACGCCCGUCGAACCACCGCCGUUUGUCGUCGCCGUCGUCGGUCCGCCCAAGGUCGGCAAGUCAACGCUGAUGCAGUGUCUGAUAAAGAAUUACACGCGACAGACGCUCUCCAGCAUCCGAGGACCCGUGACAAUAGUGUCAGCCAAGAAGCAGCGUUUGACCUUCAUCGAAUGCAACAACGACAUCAACGCCAUGAUCGACGUGGCCAAGAUUGCGGACGUGGUUCUGUUAUUGGUGGAUGCCAGCUUUGGAUUUGAAAUGGAGACGUUCGAGUUCCUCAACAUUUGUCAGGUUCACGGUUUCCCGCGCAUCAUGGGCGUGCUCACACACCUCGACCACUUCAAGAACAAUAAGAUGCUGCGAAGAACGAAGAAACGUCUGAAGCACCGCUUCUGGACCGAGAUCUAUCAGGGUGCCAAGUUGUUCUACCUGUCGGGGUUGGUGCACGACGAGUAUCAGAAGACGGAGAUUCACAAUCUCGGACGCUUCAUCUCCGUCAUGAAGCUGAGGCCGCUACAGUGGCGCUCCACUCACCCCUACAUGCUAGCUGACCGGAUGGAGGAUCUGACGAGUCCGGAGCUGAUACGCCAGCACGCGGCGUGCGACCGCGUCAUCUCUCUGUACGGCUACCUGCGCGGCACUCAGCUCAAGGAAGGCAGCGACGUACACAUAGCAGGUAGUGGGAAGACAGUGGCUUACCUGGCACCGGUGGUUCAACAGAUCUUCGACGCCAACUCUGCGUCGACGACCCGGCCUCCGACUAACUCACCCCAGGCUCUCGUUCUCGUGCCGGGCAGAGAGCUGGCCGAACAAGUCUACACCGUGAUUAAGAGCUUGUGCAGGCGGCUUGGCGUGCGCGCGGACAUGGUGGUGGGAGGCCGCGGCACGAAGAAGCUGCUGGCGGCGGGUCGACACAGUGACUGUGACAUUCUCGUCGCUACUCCGGGAGUCCUGUGGAAGCUGCUGUGCGCACGUAUAUUCACGUUGGAACACGUUAACUACGUCGUCGUAGAUGAAGCCGACUCGUUACUGGACGACAGUUUCAAUGAUAUUAUCUGUCCGAUUUUACGUAAGAUUAAGUUCAGAGCGGCCGUGCCUGUGGUUGAUGACGCAGUGGGAGCUCAGGCAGUAUUCACCGGUGCCACGAUACCCAAGUCCUUACACACGAUACUGGACGGCAUCGUCGCCGUCGAGUCCCUGAUGCAUGUGACGGGCGAGUACCUUCACCGCGUCAUGCCCCACGUUACGCAGAAGUUCAUACGAAUGCAUGCAAAGGAUGCUGAGGCAACGGAUCCCACGUUCCACCACGUCAUGUGGCAGACGAGCGUCAGGAACCUGCCAUCUUGA